AUGUCCUCUAGAAUCAUUCUCGUCACUGGCUCAAAUACUGGUAUCGGUUAUGAGCUUGUCCACCUACUUGCUGCAAAGGGACAUACUGUGUAUCUAGCGUCGCGCAAGGAAGCUGCGGGGCUGGCUGCAGUCGAGAAGAUCAAGAAAGAGAAGGGAUUUGACGUCAAGUUUGUCCAACUCGACACGAACGACAGCAAGUCUGUCGAUACCGCCGCUGCCAAGAUUAAGGCAGACGAAGGACGACUGGAUGUGCUCGUGAACAACGCCGGCGCGUUAUCCAUAUUCUUGUUCCUCUUACCCUACUUAUUGCCUUUGGUCUGUGCAGGUAUCGCUGAAAUGACAGUACAGCAAAGCGCUUCAGAGCCCAGCAUCCCCGCCAUCCGAAACACCAUCGAAACCAAUUUGAUUGGGCUUAUCCAAACUACCACCGUCUUCCUUCCUCUCCUCCGUUCAUCGGCGACAUCGACCCAGCCGGCUGUGAUUCUCAAUGUCUCAACCGAUAUGGCCUCUAACAGUUUUAUGGCCUCUCCCAAAGGAUAUCUUCAUCAAACGCUCGCCUAUAAUACGUCCAAAGCAGCUGCAAAUGCCUACACCAUCGCGUUGGCCCGGGAGAUGAAGGACAAGGGGGAGAAUGUCAAGGUUAACGCGGUGACGCCUGGAUUCACGACGACUGCCUUGAAUGGCUUCGCUGACGGUGGGAAGACGCCAGAGCAAGGAGCGGCAACGAUGCUCCCGUGGAUCUUGUUGGAGUCAGAUGGCAAGACUGGCGCCUUUGGGUUUGACGGAGGCGAAUUCCCGUGGUGA